GUGUAAAAUUACAAAAUGAGUUUGGAAAGAUUGUUCCAGCAGAUAAUACAGUCUGAACAAACAGCUGAAAACCGGAAAGAAAGUAUUGUAAGAAUUAAAAAGCAGAUUUCAGACUGUCAAUCUGAUCUUAAAUCCCUGAAAGAGUCUUGUGUAUCAUCGAAGGGCAGGCUGCAUGUCUUUAUUCGACAAUAUCAUGAGGAAGACGCAGAAUGUAGAGUUUUGCUCGAGCAAAAAAAGGUUUUGCAGGAGAGAAAAAUAGAAAUCGUAAAAGAGAUUGAUCAAUUGAAAUUUGUUGUAGCAGAAAAGGAAAAUAUCUUGGAAAAAUUAAAAUCUGAUUUUUCAAAAAAUGUUUUUGAGUUUUGUGCUCAAUAUGAUCUUACUGGUCUCGGAGCUCAAAAACGCAAAGAAGAGAAAAGUUCUGAGCUUGAGAAAAUUGAGAGUGAAAUUAAACUGGCUGAAACAAGAUUACAAGAAUUGAAAUUAGAAGAGGAAGAAGCAACAGAAUUGAUGGAACAAAAAGCUUGUUUUCAGGCAGAAAUAUCUCAACUUCAAUCUGAAAUUAUAGAAGUUGAUUCAAGUUUAGAAAAGAAACGUCAAGAGACCUUGAAUACAAUUGAAAAAGUGAAUAAGUUCAGGUCAGAAAAUCACAACGAUCCUGAGUUAAUUCAGCUUCAAAAAGAAUUAGAUUCGAUUAAAAACCAAGAAUUAGAAGGAAAGAUAAGGAAUUUAAAAGCUGAAUUAAACAGAGUAAAGCGAAGGCAAUGGCAAGAUAGCUUACGAAACCAGGGUUCAUACCAAAAUAACAGACCUUCAGCUGGUGGAUACAAGUUCCGUACUGUCAACCAUGAGUAGAUUGUUAUUAAUCUACCCUUGUGAGCCGAUAUUUCAUGAAUUUGAUAUAGAAGAACAGCAUUUCUCUGAUAAGGAAUUUAGAAUUUCCUAUUUAUCCCUACAACAAAGUGAAAGACAAUAAACUGGUGGACUAUAUCAAAAACCAUAUAUGCUGGUUUACCUAUUAAACAUUUUAAUUGUUUUGUAUUGUUGCCAAUCAACUGUUUUUGUCAAUAAGAGGAUGGUCUUUUGUUUUCAUCUGGAUGUGUAUUGUUCAAUUCUUAUUUGAAAAAGUAGCUCAGAGAUAGUAGAGUCUGUAGAAGUGUAGAGUAGUUAAAAACCAUUGUGGUUUGCUAUUUACUGUUGCUUAAACCGUGCUAUUAAAUAGUGUUAGCUGAAAAAAAUUUCAACAUUAGUGGGAUAGUCUUAUUUGGAUGUGUGUUGUUCAAUUUAUAUUUGAAAAAAAUAACUCUUGAGGUAGUGGUGUAUUUUCAAAUUUUUCAAAUUGUAGAUUAUAUUUACUAAACGUUCCUUCUCUCAACAUGGACCCAGUCGUAGG